AUGGCGUCAUUUACCGAACCGGCCCUGGAAAAGAAACUGUCGGAGCUGAGCAACUCGCAGCAAAGCGUCCAGACGUUGUCGCUGUGGCUGAUCCAUCACCGAAAACACGCGGCGACUAUUGUCACGGUCUGGCAGAAGGAGCUCAGGAAAGCCAAGGCAAGCCGGAAGCUGACUUUCUUGUACUUGGCCAAUGAUGUUAUCCAGAACAGCAAGCGCAAAGGACCAGAGUUUACUCGCGAGUUUGAGAAAGCGCUUUUGGAUGCCUUCUCACAUGUGUCCGGAGAGGCAGAGGACGGGUGCCGGAUGCCCUUGGAAAGGUUGUUGCACAUCUGGCAGGAACGCAAUGUUUACUCGUCUGAUUUUAUUCAACAGCUCAGACUGGCAAUCGAAAAUGACGACAGCCCCAGGGAAGCACCAGUUAAUGAGGAGAAAUCGUUGAAACGCACCUUUCAGCAAAUACAAGAGGAAGAUGAUGAUUAUCCGGGCAGCUACUCCCCACAGGAAACUUCCACUGGACCCCUUUUGACAGAGGAUCUGAUCAAAGCUCUGCAGGAUUUGGAGAACGCUGCGUCCGGAGAUGCCGCCGUUCGGCAGAAGAUUGCGUCCCUCCCACAAGAAGUGCAAGAUGUCUCCUUGCUGGAAAAAAUCACAGAUAAGGAGGCAGCAGAGCGUCUCUCCAAGACCGUGGACGAGGCUUGCCUAUUACUAGCUGAGUAUAAUGGGCGGCUUGCGGCAGAACUAGAUGAUCGCAAGCAGUUGGCAAAGAUGCUGAUGGAGUACACACAGACCCAGAAGGAAGUUCUUAGCAACAAGGAGAAGAAGCUAGAGCGGUGUUGUCUUUCAGGAAUACAAGCAAAAAUUAGCACGGGUAACGCAAGUCCGGAAAGAACUGAAAUCGCACAUACAGAGCCUCCCAGACCUCUCGCUACUUCCGAAUGUCACUGGUGGGCUUGCACCACUCCCCUCUGCAGGAGACCUUUUCUCUACUGAAUAAGAACAAUGACUUCCCUCCCUACAGCGCCGCUCCACUCUCUCCUAGAAGCUCCACUAGACACCAGCAAAAGAGAGAGAGCCCCACGAGACUGGAAUCCUAUUCCUUGCUAUGUGGGUUGUGUGAUGCCUCGGCUAACUCCAGUCUUAGACGUAACUGUCACAGAGCCCUCCCUCUGUUGUGCAGAAUGGCUUUAGGCUUCCUAGGCCUCUGUUCUUUUUUUUUGUUUUGUUUUUUAAGACUUGUUUAUAAAUAGAGCAAAUUAAUUCUGCUUCUCCAACCAGCUUUUCCAACGGCUUCAACUCGCACAUCUCUUCCCGUUACUUUUUAACAGAUAAGCAAGUGAUUUUGUUUUCGGCACUGCUGAUUUUCUUGUAAUGUGCUGCAGGGCAGGAACCAUACACAAUAUAGUGUCAUCUCAGAUUAAAUCUAUCAGCAAACCACUUUAAACAUUAAGGUUCAUGCCUUGUGGUGUUUUCUCAUCCUGAGAGGAGCUGGGUUUUGGUGCUUCUCUACCACGUGAGCUGUGUACCUUUGACCAUUUUUUUUUCCAAUGGACAAUCACAGAUGAAGUUGUGAAUGUAUAAUGUAACUAGUCAGUGAAAUGGAUACAUAACUUGCUCCUGCAUCCCAUACAUUAUUAACUUGGGUGAUCUUUAGGACCGGGGUUCUUGAUGGAAUUUGUGAUGUAUCUCCUUUUGUCUUUUUAAAUACAUUUCAGUCUAUUAACAGGUGUCAUGGUGGCCUACUCUGAGCCUUUGGGGGCUGGUUAGGAGUUUAUAGUGAGUUUGUUAUGUCCUUGCAAGGUAGAGUCGGCCUCCUAAAAAAUAAUUCCAUAGCAAAUGCAUUAUUUCAUUCUAUUAGUCCUUCCAAUACAAUACAACGAGCAUUACUAAAUCGGUGUCGUCAUCAGAAGAUCUGAAGGUUCAUUUGCCUGCAGGGCUUUGUACAAAACAUGUAUUUUUGUGCCAUGGUGCUGCAUUUUAUUUACACUUUACAAAAAGAGCCAGCACAAGAGAAAUGCCCAAAGUGAGUCCUAUAUUUAACACCUGGUCACUGGCAGCUUUGGUCAAAGUAAUAAGUAGGCUCAAGAAAACACAGUAACACCUGCUUAAGUGUAGGAACCCCAUGAUGUCACAACUAUGCAUUUAUAUAGUGAACCAUGAACCACCACCACCAGUUCGGAUAUUAGAAAUGACCGAGGCGUUCCAUGACCUCUCAUAAGCACAAGGUUAGGUUUCAGUGUUCAUGAACUCUUAUUUUAUAGCAAAGGUUACCCUAUAUUUUAAUGAACAUUAUUCAUUAUGUAAGCUGAUGGCAUCGCUAAAAAGGUACAGUUUAUUCAUGGCUCAAGUCAUGUGUAUUAUCAGUAUUACAUGAGUAACUAGCACUGUUGUGAUGAUGCCCCAGCCGAAAUGCAUAAGGAUAAGGGAUUAAAGAACCGAUUGUCACACAAUCUCAGAAAUACCAGUACUCGUAGGUGACUUGUUACAUAGCAACUAAGUGUCCCUAAUUUCCAGAGACUCUUCUUGGAUUUUGACUCUCACCGUGCAAAACUGGCCCUUGUUCCCUCCAAAGCAUUUCAAUGGAAUCAGUUCUCUGUGUCUAAUCUUUCUCCCUGGGGCUGAUAUAUAAAAAUAUGUGCUUCACACGUGCAAUUUCUCUAGUUGGUUUUGAAAAUACAUGAUGGUUUGCUAUUAGCAGCACUUACAUCAUGUGUUUUACCUAUACACAGUCCGACUAAAGUGUCUCUGGAAAUUAUUUUUCAUUUUUGACGACUGCGUUUAGAUUAUAACAGAUCAUCCCCACACUCCUCACUGGAAAAUAUAAAGGAUUUUGAAAACC